AUUCCGUCCUAAACCAUUCGAACCGAGUAGCGCCUAUUUCAACCUUAAAGCUACGCUGAUGGGUGGCGAUAAUUCUAAGCUGGGCUACCGAAAUGCAGUUAUACAACUCACUACGAAAACCCAACCUGUUGAUUCUAACGAUGAUAACUUCUGGGACCAAUUUUGGGCUGAACAUCCAAUGUCUAUCCAAGAUAUUUUUGCUCUUAUCCCUGCAGCCGAAAUCCGAGCUUUAAGAACAGAAGCCCCAAAUAAUCUAGCUACUUUGUGCUAUAAAGCCAUUGAGCGUAUUGCACAAGUGUCUGAGUCUGCCUCACCAACCACUAAAGACCAAACUACAGUUCUUAACUGCAUUCGGUUGCUAACCAGGUUAUUGCCAUUCAUAUUUGAAGACACCGAAUGGCGCUCGUUUUUCUGGUCGCCUCUCCCAGUUGAUCCCUCUGUAUCCCGAGAACAGGUUGAAUUUGUUCCACUUGCUCAAAGUUUACUGUCAGCACUCUGUGAUCUGCUAUUCUGUCCAGAUUUUACGGUGCAUUCCAUUUCCAAAUCUGGUCCUGAAGGCCCAGAAGAUAUGCAUACUAUUGACAGUUGUGAGUAUAUCUGGCAGUCUGGUGUGGGAUUUGCACAAGCUCCUGCGGUAAACGCCAUUCAUGAUUCUAAUCGGACAGAAAUUCUCAAACUUAUUUUGACUUGUUUCUCUGAAACUAUGUAUUUGGAACAAGAGGAGGCUCACCGUUCUGAAAAUAGAUGGGUUACAUUUUUCACGAGUACGGUGAAUCGUCACGCACUGCCAUUAUUUGCUUCUUUGUUAAACGUUGUUUGUGCAUAUGAUCCAGUUGGUUUAGGUGUACCAUACAAUCACAUUAUGUUUUCUGAUUCACGUGAACCUCUAGUCGAGGUAGCUUUACAGAUCCUAUGUAUAACCUUAGAACCUGAUCAUAUGAUAUCAAGUCCUACCUAUUCGAAUGCAUCAUUUCGUGAUUUAAACUCUUCUAACAACCAUCCUUGUUCAGACGUUGAUGAACAGUUAAGUUUAAAUGGUACUGGGAUGACUAGUCAAAAUAGUGGGAAUGGAGAUGCAUGGAACAACGAAAUGAAUCUGUUCGUAAAUUACAUGUCUCGUAUACACAGAGAUGAGGAUUUCGCAUUUAUUCUCUCUGGAAUAACUCGCUUAUUAAAUAAUCCAUUAGUACAAACAUACCUUCCUGGAUCCAGCAAAAAAGUUCAAAUGCAUCAGGAACUUUUAGUGCUCUUUUGGCGAAUAUGCGAAUGCAAUAAGAAAUUUAUGUAUUAUGUGUUAAAAUCGAGUCAAGUAUUAGAUUUACUUGUACCUAUACUCUAUCAUCUUAAUAAUUCUCGUAAUGACCAAUCUCGUAUAGGAUUAAUACACGUUGGUGUAUUCAUCUUAUUAUUACUUAGCGGUGAAAGAAAUUUUGGUGUGCGUUUAAAUAAACCUUAUCGUCAUCGUUCCUUGUUAGAUGUUCCAGUGUUUACAGGAACACAUGCUGAUUUAUUAAUCAUAGUUUCUCAUAGAUUAAUUACAAGCGGACAUAAUCGUCUAAAUCCUUUAUUCGAUUGCUUGCUAACAAUCAUGGCUAAUGUUUCACCUUACUUGAAAAGUUUAUCAAUGGUCUCAUCAAACAAAAUAUUACAUUUAUUGGAUGCAUUCAGUCAGCCAUGGUUUUUGUACAGUAAUCCAUCAAAUCAUCAGUUGGUUUUUCUGUUAUUAGAAGUAUUCAAUAAUAUUAUUCAAUAUCAAUUUGAUGGUAAUAGCAAUUUAGUAUAUACUUUAAUAAGGAAACGUCAAAUAUUUUAUCGGCUAGCUAAUUUACCCACUGAUCAACCUACUAUUCAUAGUAUAAUUAAUAAACGAAUGAAAUCUGAAAGCAGUGGUCAUAUUACAAUAGAAUCUACUACUACUGUUCCUUCUAGUACUUCAUCUCGAACAUCUCCUGUUGACACUUCUGUUUGUAAACCUUUACCAAUAUCGGAAAUACCAAAAUCGUCGUCUACUUCCACUUGUUUAUCUGUUGAAUCAUCUGUUUAUCAUAAUGACGAUAAUGAUAAUGUUGGUAAUGGUAAUGUUGACAAUUCAAGUAUUGCCGAGUCCAUGGAUCAAGUAUCUUCUCGGUUGAAUGAGCUAAGUGUUGGUAAACCUGGCGAUUCGAUUCAAGCCAGUCUAGCUGAUGUUCCUCCAUUGCAUAAAAUGACAGGUAAACGUUUAGGCAAUGCUACUCAAUUAGAUGAACGUUUCUCAAAUUAUCAUUCAGAAAUCGAGAAUAAUUUAAUAUCACAUUCUUCACCUAAUCAGCGUAUUCCAGUGGAUAGUAAUAAUAAUAAUAAUGGUAAUAAUAACAAUGAAUCUGAUAAAGAUUUAACAAUACAUAAUGUUCAAGAAUACCCAAUAAAUAGAUCUGGAAUUUCAGAGAGUUCUCUGACAAGUACAAAUCAGAAGAAAGAAACACAGAACAGUUCAUUAACUUCUGAUACACAAUCUUUUCAUUCCAUUGGAACAAUCACAUGUAAACAAUCACACACCAGUGGUAAAAGUAAUUCAUCUCAUUCAAUUGAUGAUAAUAAUGAUAAAUUACAAAAAUCGAAUGAAAUAAAUUCAUCGAAUUGGGAACCAACAUCAGAAUGGGUUCAUAGUUGGAAAUUAAAAAUGCCUUUUCAAACAAUUAUGCGUUUAUUGCAGGUAUUAGUGCCUCAAGUUGAAAAAAUUUGUAUUGAUAAAGGAUUAACAGAUGAAACGGAGAUUGUUCGUUUCCUUCAAAAUGGUACUCUGGUUGGUUUGUUGCCUGUACCACAUCCAAUUCUUAUCCGUAAAUAUCAGUCAAAUACUGGCACAACCAUAUGGUUUCGUAACUAUUUAUGGGGUAUAAUAUAUUUAAGGAAUGUCACUCCACCUAUCUGGUAUGAAACCAAUGUUCGUCUAUUCGAAAUCCAACGACUUUAAUGCUGUGUUGCAUACUAUAUUUAACCAACUACUAAAUUGAAAAUAAGUAUUCAUUAAAAAACUUCCUUUUUCUAAUAGUCUAUGUUUACUUGUUUGUUUGUUUGUUUUUCAUUUUAUUUCAUUAUUACGUUUAUGUAUACAUCAUAUGUUUGAAUAAAUAGAUAUUUUCAGUGUUAAAAACAAUACAGUUAUAGACAUUGUUUGUUUACUUACUCUCAAGUGUUGGUUUUGUUGUGCUCUUCUUUUUAUACUUACUGUUAAGUGAUCUAUGUAAUUAAAUCGUGCUAAUUUUCGUCCGUUUUUUCUUCUUCUUCUUUGAAUUGCAAAAAUAUUCUUUUCAAUUCAGUUUGUAUCUGUUAAUACUACCGAUAUAUUAUUACUAUUGUUAUUACAUUCUUUCAUACUCCGGUUCGAAAACGUUCAGCAUUUUGUGUGUUUAUGUAUUGAACUAUCAGUUACUCAUUGUAAUUUUUAGUUCAGUCGUUUCUUUCUUUUGUACUUGUGGGUUUUAUUUUUUGUUUUCUUUCUUUCAUAAUGUGUGAUAUAUUUCACAUUGUUUAUAUACCUACAUAAAACAAGCACUGUGAUAUUGUCUAUGUGAAUACACAUUUACCUCAAUAAUAUCCAUAUGUAAUAUUUAUAGUUUAUGAAUUGUUCUGUAGACUUCUAAAAUAAGUCUUCUGUUCUAAGUGGAUUCUCUCUCUCGAAACAAUACAUUUGAUUGUUAUUAGUAGUGUAUAUGUGUUGUGUGUGUGUGUGUGUUUAAUCCAUUCAGUUGUAGGGACUUAAGAGAAAAAGAAAAUUGAUAAUAAAAUAAAGGAGUCCGAUUUGUAUUCAAUAGUCAAAUCCUUAUCUAUUGUUUUAUGUCAUAGUCAAAAGUGUUGAUUCGAAGUAGUUUUUGAACUGUAUAGGUGAGAAUGCAUAAUUGUUAUAUGAAAUAUUAGUUUCAAUUUAUUUUACUUAAAUGUUAACUUCAUAUUCAGUUAACUACUUUAAAUAUUUGUUUUCAAAUAAUAGUUUUGUGAUG